CAGGACAAGAGGCAGGUAUGGAAGCAGCGAUCUUUGUGUCCGUUUGUGGGAUGUUGACGUGUUAUUGACGGUGUGUUCAUGGACUGAACGACGACUGUAUGUGCCGAGGACACACAGCGUGGCUCGCGUGUGCGUCACGUGAAUGGAUUCUCAGUUGACUCAGGAGCAGAGUUAAGUCAUUCCACACAGACCAGGAUGUCCAAGAUCUCAAAGGCAGCCAAGGCUGUGAAGAAACUGGAUACGAGCAGUGUAAUCCGGGCCAUAGUGAGGUCUGGACAAGCAUCCCCUGGACCCCCCCUUGGCCCCAUUUUGGGACAGAGAGGAAUCCCCAUCGGCCUGUUCUGCAAGGACUUCAAUGAGAAAACCAAAGAGCUGAAGGAGGGCAUUCCCCUCCCGAUCAAGAUCCACGUGAAGCCUGACAGAACUUAUGACCUGAAGAUCGGCCAGCCCACGGUGUCUUACUUCCUCAAGCAGGCGGCGGGCAUUGCGAAAGGUGCCGGCAAGACAGGCCACGAGACGGCGGGGAUGGUGUCAGUCAGGGCAGUGUAUGAGAUCGCCCAGGUGAAAGCAGAGGACGAGUGCUUCAAAAUAAGGAACACAACCCUGGAGACCAUCGUCAAAUGCAUCAUCGGCUCGGCCCGUUCCCUGGGCAUCAAGGUUGUCCAAGAUCUCCAGGCGGAUGAAUACAAAGUCUUCUUGGAGCAGAGGGAGAAGUUGAAAGCUGAUGCAGCAGCAGCCGCAGCCGCUGAGGCCGACGCUUUGAUGAGUAAAAGGAAAUGAAGACCUGCAACAUCAAAAAGUUACCCCCUCCCCUCACCAUUCCUGUUUAUAUAUAAACUUUAUAUAUGUACCAGUCAUACAAAAACAAUGUUCGUGUUCAGAUCUCAAUAAAGAGUCAUUUGUUAUGUGA